GAAAAAACAAAAAGGUUGACAAUCUUCUGAAAUUCUAGCUCCUCAAGAUAGUCACCAGUUCAUUAUUAAAUCGGAUUAGAUUCUUGUUGCAAAAUUUCAAAAUCUCUCUUGCAUCCAUUGCUUUCCCAUCCUACGCAAUGGUUGAUGACAGCAUUGAUAUCCCUGCGAUCUCAGAGAAAAAUGAACUAGAGGGUGUCAAUGAAAGGAGAAAUUCUAGUGGAAAAUUAAGCAUUCAAAGUGAUGGAGUAAAGGUCCAAUCCCGUUAUCUUAGAGCAUCAGCUGGUUCUUGCCAUGACUUCUGUAAAUAUGGGGGGAGACAUGCAUUUGAAGCAAAGAAAAAAAGUUCCAUAUCCAAAAGGAUUACAUUGCAACCAGGUGAAGGCCGUGAUUUGACCAAUGCUGUAACCUUAAUGGAGUCCAUAAUCAAUCUUAAGCCUUCUGACUCUCAGACCAAGAUUUCAGACAGUCCUGUCUUCAAGAGAGAAGGCUCGUCAUCUACCAAGAAAUUAGCUGUUUCUUUGCAACAAGUUGCAUCACCGGGUGAGGAUUUGGUCAUUUCUACAAAAUGUGCCAGCACUCUGAAGCAGAAACCUGUGCGAACAAAGCCUCCUUUUCUCUCUGCUGUGGGUCGUUUAGGCAGUAAAAGAAACAAUGGAGUCGAUGCCAGGAAGCAGAGGGGAGCCUCUGGAAAGUGUGAGAUGGAAGUUUUUGUAGCAUCAACCGUUCUUCUGUCUCUAAAAGCUUCUGUUAGAAGAGCUGUGAACAUUAAGGGUAGAGACAUUGCAGAGUGCAAGAACCUUGAAAGGGCGUUUCAUCUAAAGAAUCAAAACAAUGUUGAGAAACCUGAGUUGAAGAAACCCAGCAACGAGGAAGCCCCAGAAAAGACAUUAUACAUCAUUGAACCAACAGCUGAGAAAAAGACUGUGCAACCCACUCAAAAUGAUGUUCAGAACACUCGACUGCCUCCAUCUUCUGAGGACAAAAGAUUGAAAUGUGCUCAAAAUGGAAGUAAUUCUGCAGAAUUGCCACCAUCCUCUGAUAAGAAGAGCUUGAUACACAAAGAUGGGAUUCAGAUGACAUGCUUGUCUCCAUCUUCAUCUCCAUCCUCUGAGAACAAAAGCUUGGGAUGUACUCAAACUGGGACUUGUGCCCAUCAGUUGUCUUCCUCUUCAAUAUUAUCAUUGUUGCCAGCCAUGUUGCCACCUGAGUCUAUUCAUGGUGAAGAAAAAGAAACCUUCUCGAAGCUUGUUGAGACUGAAGUUGAAGUACAAGUUACGAAUCCUAAAGUGGAAAAGAAAAGCAGGCUUCUAAAGGGUGGAAUAAAUGACGCAGAAGAUAAAGAUUGCACACCACAAAAGCUGGGUUUCAAGAGAGGGAAGGUCGUAUACCUUCAGUCCAGGAAUAAUAGUCCAAGGAGACUGCGGUUUCGGCGUGGAGGAGUUCUCGGUGACAAUCAGAAAGAUAAAGGAGAUUUACAAAGGAGAAGUAUUAAGAUAGAAGAUGCUGGUGACUUUACCGCUACUAAAGCUGAAUCUGAAAAAGUUGUUCUGAGACACCAAGAUAUUCAAGGAAAGAAGGAUGCUCAAAGUUUGUUCAACAAUGUGAUUGAAGAGACUGCCAAUAAACUUGUUGUGAGCAAGAAGAGCAAGGUCCAGGCUUUGGUGGGUGCUUUUGAAACCGUGAUUUCUCUUCAAGAUAGCAAACCUAUGGCAGCAGCUCCAUGCUGAGUUACCAAAUUUAUGUAUUUUUUCUUCAGCAGCUCUGUAUAUAGUAAUCUAAAAUUAACCAUAGUUUUGAAGGUGACAUUGGGGACUGCAAGCUUCUCUCAAGCUGCAACACCAUAAUUGGAGGAUGAUUCAAUUGUCUUUAGAAGGCUUUAAUAAAGAAACAGGAGGUUUCUUUUGUAUGCUGUCUGUCUGUCUGUUUUGCCAAGGGUAUUUUACUCUUCUCUCUCUGUAUCUUUUACAAAAUUUUAUUCUGUUUACAUUUGUUCCUGUACGUAUAUUAGUGCAAACAUAAGUCUAAAUGUUCCCA